CCGCCGUUCAAAUACGUGCCGACACCACGUCUCCUCCGCCUCCCCCGUCUCUCCCGUCUCUCCCGUCUCCCCAUCUCCCCCUGCGCCCAGUGUCUGCCGUGGUAGUUCGCAGUGUCCACCGGUCCUCGGUCCGUUGGUCCAGCAGUCAUCGCUAGCAGCCAUGCCGCAACCUUUAAGCUCGAAAGAGAAUUCACUCUUUCGCCAGGUCAUUCGCAACUAUGAGGAGAAGCAGUACAAGCGCGGCCUCAAAGCCGCUGAGCAGAUUCUCAAAAAGAAUCCCAAGCACGGCGACACUCUGGCCAUGAAAGGCUUGAUCAUCAACUCCCUGGGCAAGACGGACGAGGCUUUCGCUCUAGCCAAGGAAGCUCUGACGGCUGACAUGAAGUCGCACAUAUGUUGGCAUGUUUAUGGCAUACUUUACCGUCACCAGAAGAACUUCGAGGAGGCCAUUAAGGCCUACAAGUUCGCCUUGAAGCUGGAGCCGGGCUCUCCGCAAAUCCUGAGGGACCUGGCUUUUCUACAAAUACAAAUGCGCGAUUACCAAGGCUACAUUCAAUGCAGGACUGCCAUGCUGCAUGCGAAAUCCCAGUUGAGACAGAAUUGGACCGCUCUGGCUGUUGCUCACCAUCUUGCCGGCGAGCUCGUCCAGGCCGAAAAAGUUCUAACCACGUAUGAAGAGUCUAUCAAAUCUCCGCCCUCUCACGCCGAUCUCGAAAACUCAGAAGCUCUCUUGUACAAAAAUUCCAUAAUCGCCGAAACGGGUGACUACCAGAGAGCAUUAGAUCAUCUCGAAUCCAUUGCCAAGCAUAAUCUUGACCGCCUCGCAAUUCUGGAAUUAAGGGCAGAAUACCUGGCUAAGCUCGGCAAGAAAGAUGAGGCUAUUACAGCCUAUCGGGCGCUUUUGGAUAGAAAUUCCGAGCAUCCCGAGUAUUACAACAAAUUGGCGGAUGUUAUGGGCCUCGGUGAAAACGACACGAACGCUCGCAAGGCCAUCUAUGAUGAAUAUGCCCAGCAAAAUCCUCGAUGCGAUGCUGCAAAACGUCUUCCUUUAGACUUUCUGACUGGCAAUGACUUUCGCGAUGCUGCUAAAGUCUACUUGAAGCUGAUGCUCGAUAAGGGAGUACCAUCCACGUUUGCUAACCUUAAACAUCUUUACACUGAUCCCUUCAAAAAGGAAACUCUGCAAUCUUUGGCUCACGAUUACGUUGAGACUGUAGAGUCUCCAGCUGAAGGCGAAUCCUCUGAAGGAGAUCUGAAAGGCAAGCCCGCCGGCCUCUACUAUCUUGCCCAACACUAUAAUUAUCACUUAUCUCGUGAUCUGGGAAAUGCUUUACAAUUUGUUGAUAAAGGUCUCGCAAUUGUACCUGAGAAUGUUGAAUUUCAUAUGACCAAAGCUCGGAUAUGGAAACACCGUGGCAAUACCCGCAAAGCGGCUGAAAUUAUGGACCAAGCCCGCAACCUUGACUUAAAAGAUCGUUAUAUCAACACAAAGGCAGCAAAGUACCAACUACGGAACAAUGAGACUGCCAAAGCUCUGAAGACAAUGUCGCUCUUUACCCGAAACGAUAAUGCGAACGGCCCAUUGGCCGAACUCAUCGACAUGCAGAGUAUAUGGUACUUGACAGAAGACGGGGAAGCUUCUGUACGUAAUGGACUCAUUGGCCUGGCAUUGAAGCGGUUCCAUGCUGUGUAUAACAUUUUUGAUGUUUGGCAAGAAGAUCAAUUCGACUUCCACAGCUUUUCCCUGCGAAAGGGUCAAAUCUGUGCAUAUGUGGACAUGGUUCGAUGGGAAGACAAGCUUCGCGAACAUCCCUUCUACACUCGUGCGGCUCUAGGUGCAAUCGCAGCUUACCUUGGUAUAUAUGAUAGCAAGCUUGCUAUGAAUGAGGUCAAUGGUUCUGCUAACGGAAACGCGGAAGAUGAAGCGGAGAAGAAAAAAGCCCUCAAGAAGGCAAAGAAGGAGGCUCAGAAGGCUGAGAAGGAAGCAGCUGAGCAGGUGGCUAAGCAGGAUCCGAACAAGCCCAAGCCCGCUACCUCAGAGAAUGUCAAGAAGGAUGACGACCCGCUUGGGCUCAAGCUAGCUUCAACUGAUCAACCUUUAGUUGAGGCUACCAAGUUUCUGUUGCCCAUUCUUCAAUUCAGCCCAAAGAGCAUCGAUGGCCAGGUUGCUGGGUUCGAGGUCUACAUCAGACGAGGAAAAUACCUUCUCGCUUUGAGUUGCCUCAACGCUGCGAUCGCCAUCGAUCCUACCAACCCGGUUGUUCAUGAGCAGGCAAUACGCUUCCGCAAGGAGCUGACCUCAGCAGUAGCCUCUCUCCCUGCUAAGGUUGCCGAGGUAAUUAAUAGCGAAUUUACAGCCAUCGACGCCUCAACAGAUCUGAAGAAAUACAACGCUGAAUUUUUAGAAAAGAACAAAGAUAGUGCUGCUCACGUGGUCUCGGCUAUUAAAAUUCGAAAACUUCUGGGAGAAGACCAGAAGGCAUGCGAGAAGGCUCUUUUUGGUAUUCUUGAUAUGAAGAGCGAUGAUUGGGAGGCGGCGGCUGAAGCUCUUGGUUUGUUUUACCAGUGGCGAAGCAGUGAAGCGGAUGCUUUCAGAAAGGCAGCUGAGGAGAAGUGGCCAGAAGUGACUUUAUUCAAGCCUCCACCACCCCCUCCAUCAACCUCAUAGGGUUCAGGUAUAAAAAGAAUGUCCUCCCUCUCGAAAUUGUACUUCGACUUUGAUGUUGGUGUUGGGUGAGUGCGACUAGAGCGCACGCUGGUUUGUAACACUUGGUGUCGGCACAUUCCUCAUUCAAUUCACGAGAGAUGAUUGACUGCAUGUUUAAGAUGGAUGGGAAAAUAAAAUACCUGAGAGAGAUACGUUAAAAAUAAACAUAAGAUCACAAAAAGUCCGCGCUAUGAGCUAUAUACCGCAGUCAUGAUUAGCCGGAUCCUGGCAUGGCAGCCAAUUCACUUGACUGACAGACUCGGAACAGACAACCUACACUAGUCCGGGUUGC